AUGGCGUCCGUUUCGUAUGAUACUGCUCACGUCAAGCGUCGGCGGAGGGAUCCUCGACGACGACGAGUGAAUAACAGGAACCCUGUAUCUGCCAAACUAGUGCUUGAUCAUCAUAUACAAGGAGAUGUUGGAAUCCUGUCUGAUGAUUUAGCAGUAGAUUUGUUUCCGGGGUCGAGUGCCGAAGCUCUAGCAGAAUCACAGGAAGUGCGGUAUAUUGCCAUAUCUCCAUGGUCGCCACAUAAUCUCCUUGUGGACGACUUGCUGUGGACCAUUAUCCCUAUGCGCCUCCAAUCGGCCACUAAAUCGCAAUCCUCGCCACUAUCUCCUUCGACUGCCAAUUUCCCAGCAUCUAGCGGCUCAAUCCAGUCAUUUGUUCAAGCGUUCGAGAUGCUUGACCCGACUCGAAAUUCGAUAUCGAGCCAACGAGAAAUCGAAAUUCAUGUGCUAGCCGUGGUCCCGCUGUAUCUGGAUACUGUCUAUGUGACGGUUGAACGCCAUCUGCUCAGUACGGUGGAUGAUAUUCAAAAUAAGUUUGGUGGGGGCUUCGGCCCCGGAGCACAGGGGAGCAGUGGCCUCUGGGCCAAGAGACGGGGCUCAGAGAAAUUCAAAACAAAGCAUGACGAAGAGACGAAAGAGACAGCUGCUGGAAGGGAGGAGCGAUUAAUUGGGGUUAUACGCGAGGCAAUUUCCAUACAGAGGGUAUUGCAUGCGGGGGACUUGUUACCUCUGCCGCUACCUUCACAUCCUAUCACUCAUGCUACCCCCCCGCCGGCCAAAAUUUCCUUCUGUGAGCCGGUGUCUCAAGGCUUAGUUAAACCAACUACUCGAAUGGUGCUUGUCGAAACCAAAUCUCGUCAUGAAUCUCGAAUAUCCAAGGGUCUUCCAUCUCCAGGCCAAACGUUAUUAAAAGAGGUGGUCGAAGACGAAGGUGAUGAUACCUCGAACGAGCAGUUUUAUUCAGCUGCGGAAGAGAAAUCGAACAGCACAAGUAUGGAAAGUACAUCACCGCCUGACGAAUCUGAUACAGAAGUUUCACCCCAAAGUGAUAGUGAUGCUUCUGAUGACUCCUUGGAUGAUAUGAUCUCAUUAACGGCUCCGGAGCUCCCUCCGCAACCUUCCGGAACAAUGUCCGCAAUGACAUCUGUGACCCCACGCCCCGAUGGCAAGAGGUUCGAUAUUCAUACACCAGGGUCCAUGCUCUCGAGCUUCACGAAUGCUACUACGCGCGCAGGAAGAAGUGCUGGGAAGACAUUCCGAGCGGAAGGCCUGUUGGCGAGAAUACCUAAUGAGAUCCUACAUCCUAAACCACGAGAGUUUGAAGAUUCAGACUCCUUUGUGUAUGUGGAUAUUCACACCCUUGCCAAAAUCGGUUGCUUCUCAGGAGACUGGGUGAGAAUCGAAGCUGCUGAGGAACCUCAGCUCAACAUGCUGUCUUCUCUAAAGUUUGAUAGCCUAAGCGGGCUUACGGAUAAUGCCGUUGAUGAUAUAACCUGGAGAGCGGUAAAGGUUUAUGGCCUUCCAGGGUUGAUAUCUCCAAAACCUCGAUAUUCGAUGAAUACCUCCUCUACUAGGAGACCUACCAUAUCGCAGCUGCCAUCACAUCGGUUUACCCCUACAGCGCUAGUGCCGCCCAUAUUGUUAAACAAUCUAGGAAAUCCUAAAUACUUAAAGCUUUCCCCGAUAUCGGUUCAUGGGUAUCAACAAGCGAGCUCCAGACCUGGGGUACAACUGAAAUCGAGUUCACUCAAGAUGCCUCCUGUUGCGAAGGAAGUUACACUACUGAAAAUUUCCACUCCCCUUUCUAUGGAUAGGUCUCUCCAGCCCGCUCUAUUUGCCGGAUUAAAACGUUAUUUUGAAUCUAAACAACGAUUAGUUAAGAGUGGCGACCUCAUUGGCAUAAGCGUUGAUGAAGAGUUAGGGAAAACAAUAUACUCUUCUACCAAGAGUCCUGAUGUUGGUGAAGACGAAGAUGUGGCCGUUCAGCUUGGGCUGUCUCCGGAUCCUCAAUCGAGGUCCCAAAAUGGGUUGAGAAAAGUGGGGGUUGCAUGGUUUCGUGUUAGUCAAGUUGUCCCUGCCCAUGUAGAGGGGUUAGAAAACAGUUCUGAUGAUGAACGUUGGGGCCGAGUGGCGGUCAUUGACACUUCUUCAACAAGAAUGGUGCAGGCAGGGAGUGAGAUAAGUCCCGUACCUGGAACACUACAUAAUGGAUGGGAGUAUUGGUUAGGUGUGAAGCCACUGCCGAAACCGAACAACGAGACAAGAAAGCCACAUCUCUUCGUCUCAGCGAAGCCUAAAAUAUUCGCUCCUUCAGUACAGAAACGUCUUCGGGAUCUCAUUUCUACAUCGACAAGCUCUAGGGCGAUCCAGCUCGGCAUGAAGCCUGUCGUUGUCUUGCUUACGUCUACUCAGCGGGCCAUCGGGAAAUCGACCGUUGCAUAUCGUGCUUGUGCAGAGGUUGGUCUUCAUACAUUUGCAAUCGAUUCCUACGAUAUUCUUGCCGAAGGGGGAGCCAAUGGAGGGGAUGUGAAGACGGAAGCUUUUCUCAAAGCUAGGGCGGAUCGUGCAUUCACAUGCGGAACACAAUGCACUGCCUUGCUAAUACAGCAUAUCGAUGUCUUAACAGCUGAUAGAAUGGUUACAGCAAUGAAGGAUAUCGUGGCAGACGCCAGAGUUAUGAUCGCCACGACCACAGACAUUGAGAAAGUUCCGGAGGGCAUCCGAAGUCUUUUCACCCAUGAAUUUGAAAUGGCGGCUCCAGACGAAAAGGAAAGAGAGGGUAUCCUACGCAACGUGAUCCAUGACCAAGGAAUCAAAAUUUCGGCUGACGUUGAUUUGGCCUCUGUGGCAGUAAAAACCGCCGCUCUCGUUGCGGGGGAUCUAGUCGAUGUCGUUGAGCGUGCAGUCGCCGCUAAAUCUCUUCGUCUUCAGAAGUUAGCAGAGGAUGCUACGACUUUUGAUGAAAGCUUAAAGGUCACUGUGCGAGACGUCCAAACCGCAGGAGGAGAUGCUGCUCGAUGUGUGACAAAAGAGGACUUCGAUGCCGCCGUAGAUGCCGCUAGAAAGAAUUUUGCGGAUGCCAUUGGUGCACCAAAGAUUCCUAACGUCAGCUGGGAUGAUGUCGGAGGCCUUACAAAUGUCAAGGAUGCCGUUAUGGAGACCAUUCAACUCCCGCUCGAACGGCCAGAGCUUUUUGCAAAAGGAAUGAAAAAGAGAAGCGGAAUCCUGUUUUAUGGACCCCCUGGAACCGGAAAGACUCUUCUCGCCAAAGCUAUCGCUACCGAAUUCUCCCUCAACUUUUUUUCCGUCAAGGGUCCCGAACUGCUUAAUAUGUAUAUCGGAGAGUCUGAAGCAAACGUUCGGCGGGUCUUCCAGCGCGCCCGUGAUGCGAGACCUUGUGUGGUAUUCUUUGAUGAGCUGGACUCAGUCGCACCGAAACGUGGAAACCAAGGCGACAGCGGUGGUGUCAUGGAUCGUAUUGUUUCCCAGCUCCUCGCCGAACUGGACGGGAUGAGCGCUGGAGACGAGAAUGGCGGAGGCGUUUUCGUAAUUGGCGCUACUAAUCGGCCCGAUCUCCUGGAUGCUGCACUCCUCAGGCCUGGUCGGUUCGAUAAAAUGCUGUACCUCGGCGUGUCGGAUACUCAUGAGAAACAAGUUACUAUUUUGGAAGCCCUCACACGGAAAUUCAACCUACAUCCAGACCUUUCGCUGCGGCGGAUUGCUGAACAACUACCUUUUACUUACACAGGUGCUGAUCUGUACGCAUUAUGCUCGGAUGCCAUGCUUAAGGCCAUCACACGCCAAGCUACUGCUGUGGAUGAAAAAAUUAAAGCGUUACCCGGCGGUCCAGUCACGACGGCUUAUUUCUUCGAUCAUUUGGCAACACCUGAAGAUAUAGCCGUCAUGGUAACGGAACAAGACUUUAUUGCGGCGAAGGCUGAGCUCGUUGCUAGCGUCAGCGCUAAAGAACUUGAACAUUUCGAACGAGUUCGCCGAACCUUUGAAUCGGUUGACGAUGCAAAGAAACCAAAGCCAAACAUAUCGGCUAGCCCAGAAACGCCCUCUCGCGCCCCUUUAACAAUUGGUGAAGCGGCCAAUGGGCUUAAGCCCGGUACAUCUCCAGAAGACACUCUAUCAACCGCACCAACAAACACUACGAACGACAACAAAACGGCAGCUCCAUCGACGUUUCCUCAUCGAGCCAAGCACGGACAUAUGAGGAUCUCACGGGGAAAGGGCAAAACCAGUAUCAGCGGUGCGAAGGUGAAGGGCACCAUAUUGUCAUCCUCCCCUGAUCAAUACUCGGAGUCUGAGGAGGAUGCUAUGAGCAGUCCCGUUGGUGAUGAUAAUGUAACCAAUUCGAAUGGGGCAGCUGCGCGCGGAUGGAAAGGGAAGGGGAAUGCCAAAGAUGCUGUUGUCUGUGACUCGAUAAUGACAGUCAAGGGUGGUGAAGCAGAGAAUGAGGGGAAGGAGGACGAGGACGAAUAUGUAAUUCGGACCGACCACUUGGUCCGGAAUGAUAAACGGUCAUAACCCUUGUUAUCCUUGAGGCUGUGAGACCGGGAUGUUUUACUCGCUAAUCUAUUAUUGUACUGUACAAAUGUAUCUAUGUAUGUACCGAUAUUGCCUUUUGGUUAUGGUGUACAGACAUGUGUUGGAGAGCAUAUUGUUGAGGCCAUUUGUUAUACAAUUAAUUUCCUCUGUAUUGGCGUUCCUGCUGGGCCGCCCUGGUAUUCUCCUGGGGAAACUGGUAGCUCCUUCAAAAAUUGAGAAUCCGGAGGGUC